AUGAACCCGUCUCCAGGAGGCGAGAACACGUUGAUCAUCAUCCCGCAAAGGGCACAACCUAGAAGACGGCUGCUGGAAUCCCAGACACCAGGACCGUCGUCGGCAACGUUGGAGAACGAAGAGGCCGCCGAGCCAAGAAACGAGCGCGUCACGUCGGCGCCGCCCGAAGAGCACCGACGCACCCAGGUCAACGGCGGCUCGAGGUCAUCGACUUCCCCACGCGCAGCCGAGACUCAACCGGUUGCUGGUGGGCCAUCCGCGCCAAGCACUCGGCCCUACGAUGCCGUGCGGGCUCUGCUUCCGACCAAGACUCGUCGGCCACCGGAUCCAUCCGAUGCGACUGACGACAGCUCCGCGUACGCAGAGACGUUGGAGGGCGGUAAGAAUCGUGAGGACGGAUGUGUCCCGUUCUAUCCAGGAGAUCAACGUGGUCCUGCCUUCUUGAUCGACAUUUGUGAACCCAACAGGUCAUCCAAAGACAACCACUUUCUGGUGCCGAUGCCGUCCAUCAAGGCUCUUUCGCCAGAAGAUGUCAAUUAUCUCCGAAUGAAAGGUGCUUUCAUGCUUCCUCCACCUCGGGUCCGCGAGGCGAUGAUCCAGUGUUACUUUCACCAUGUGCACCCAUUUGCGCCGAUCCUGGAUGCCAGCGAGUUCAUCACCGAGUACGAGAAGGGACGGAAAAGCCUGUUGCUGCUCUGGAGCAUGUUCAUCGCGGCCGCAAGUUUUGUUGACGACAGCCUCUUGACAGAAGAUUUCUUUUCGUCGCGGAAGGCUCUGAAACGGGCCAUGUACCAGAGAGCCAAAGCUUUAUACGAUGCAGACUACGAAAAAGACAAGGUGACGCUCAUUCAGUCAGUCUUCCUGAUGGGGCACUGGUACACCAGCACAGAUGAUCGGGCCGGGCCCUGGCACUGGAACGGCAUCGCCAUCAGUCUCUCGCACACGAUAGGCCUCCACCGCCUGCACAUGCCUGCGAAUCAACAGGCUUCUCAAGGGACGAAGCCCUUCUGGAGACGUCUCUGGUGGUCUCUGUACUCCCGGGAGGUGUGGCUUUCCCUGGGACUCGGCAGACCGAUGCGGAUAGCCCUCGACGACUCUGAUACGCCCAUGCCGGCUGCUUCCGAUGCUGAUGUCCUGGCGCCCGAGGUCGAGGGUGAUCUUGGCAGGAAGUAUCUCCCCGAAGAGCUGGCGUUUCUCUUUGACACCUGGCUGGCCCUGAUUGGCUUGACUGUUGUCCUUGGCAAUGUUCUUGCGACUAAUUAUCGGGCCAAGGGGGUCAAGCCAUCAAGGACGGACAUUGAGCACAGUGAAAAUCAAUUUCGAGGCUUCCAGUACAGAGUCCCCGAAGAAGGAAGCCACAGUCGAGCCGUCGCAUCUCACAUCUACCAGUUCAAGCUGUAUUUUGAAACUUCAAUCAUUGUGCUUUAUCGACCUUUUAUACUUGAUACCCCGAGAGAGAUUACGGCAGCGGACCAGGGAAGCUGGAGGACCUUUGCAUGCCAAAAGACGAGGACUGCCGCGUCCAACGCGAGCGCCGCGCUGAACUCGAUGAUGGCACAGGAUCUAAUCCGACUCUGCAACACAAUCACGGUCAUCGCGUUAGUCCCGCCAAUGCAAAUCCACCUCUUUGAGUCAACGUCGUCGAAACAGAUGGCACGUCAAAUGGGCAGACAUAACCUCGCCCUCUGCAUGAUCGCCAUGGACGAGAUGCGCAAGUCCUACAUCUCGGCGGACGCGUCGUACAAGCUGUUCGAGACGGCCAUCAACAAGGUCGACAACGCGCCUCCCCACGAGGAACACCAGCCGUCUCCGGCUGCUGCUUCUGCUGCUACUGCUACCCUGACACCGGAUACCAGAGCGUUCGCGAGCUGGCCUGAUGGAUAUGGGCUGGGCACCGCGGGCAUCAUAUCGGACAUGUGGAGUCCGCUGCCCAACGCGUGUACGGAUGACGCCUCGAUUUCGGGCACCCACACCGACGCGUGGCUGGAUAUCCAGACAAUGGACAGGUUAUGGACGCUCGACGACUUUUGUCUGCCUUGA